AUGCGAAACUUGAAGGAGCUCGACGUUGCCACGUCUCCUGAAGGUCCUCCGGUUGAUAUCCUCAUUGGCAACUGCCCUUUCAAAUUGAAGGUGUUCUGCUGGAAUAGAGCAUUAGCCGCGGACGAGUUCAGUCGCUUGAUCGAGUUCCUCGAACAGCAGGACGAGCUGGAAUACCUCGCCGUCGACCAAUCUUUCCCAAGGACGGAACAUUUGCCGAUACCCACCCUCAUUUGGAAUCCGCUAUUUGGCGACCCGUGUCGAACCCCACAGAACGUAGCAGAAGAACUGGGCUUCGUGAUCGCACUUUCACAUUGUUCAACGGGAUUCGUCCCUCUUUUUGCCGAUUUGCGUCAUUUUUCCCUAGGUUGCUUCCUCGAGUUAGUGGAUGGGGGCCUUUCUAUCGAAUAUAAUGCAAUCACCGAUAUGCCUUCACUAAUCGGUCUUAUCCUCCGGCCCUACACAAUCCUUCAGCUCAAAGUAGCCCAACUCCGCGACAUAUUUUUAAGGUGUCCAAAACUGAAGUUUGUCGAUGUGGAAAAGGUUGAUCAGCAUGUCCCAUACAAGGAGACGAGACGGUUUGAACGAUGGAUGUGGGAUAUCCGCAACGAAGGCUCAUACCCUGCGAUCCAAGACCCUAUCCUCGGCUACGUAGAUUUUGCGGAGCACGUCUGUGAUUGGGUAUCCAACAAUCAACUCCAAGAAUAG